UCCAAAUCCAUGCCAGUCCAUGCGUCCAUGCUGUCUUGUCAGGUUUUGCUUUACGCCGCUUAGUUUUGACCGCUCCCAUUUACUCAAGUCUUUAACUGAGCUCAUUCUUUUCGAAAACUCCAAUCUUCCUUGAUAUCUACAAUUAACAAAAGACAACCAGCCAGUCUCCCAAUCACCGGAGGCGCCAUGUCCAAGAGUUUCGCGUGCCGUCCUCCGCCGGAGCGGGACGGCAUCUGGAUGAAGGAUCGGUUCUACCCCACGCCCCCCGACGACCACUACCAGUCGACGGCCGGAGCGCUGUUCGCGGACCGCACCGACGCCGCGCCUGACCGGCCGCUGCCCAGGAAAUUCGAGCUGAUGGAAACCCUGCGUUCCGAGCACCUACGCUUUCCGUUCACCAUGCACGAUAACAGGUACCAGCAUGAGACACUGGGAGAGAGCCUGCGCGGCACGCACCGCAAGGCGCGGCCUUGUUGCAUCCGCAGGGAACACUCGGAGAGUGAGCCGGACGCGUUCAUAGACACGGCGGGUCGGCCGACCAGCGAGCAGCGACUGCAGACCAUCGCCAGGGAGACGUUCCGGGUGCCGGUUGACGGGACGGCCGCGCGAGCACGCCGCUUUCCCCACGAGCAGCGGUGUCCGUUCACGGACGGGAGCUGCGAGCACCGGCCGGUGGCCCAGAGACGCUGUGAGCCGGCGAGCACCGGACCACCCGCCGCCGCCGAGGCCUGAGACGGGCCGGAGGAGCGGCAACAGAACGUUUUCAAAAGGCCAGGCGGAGACGAUUUAUUCCUCGGGACACGAUGGAGAGGAUUGGUGUCGGGAGAACGUGCAGCACGGCGUCAGUGAUAAUGUAGCGUGAUGACUGAUGAGUCAGCUCGCCCGGCCCAGGCUGAUAUUAUUAGACCGGCGUAAGUAGGGUGCAAAACAGUGAAACUGAAGAGAGCCGAACCCAGAACCACAAACUGCUGCACAAUAUUGACUCAACAGCACCGUACCUAUGCAGGAUCAGCUAGAAGAUGAGCCGAGCCUUCAACGAACGAACAAAAAGCGAAAUAAUUACUUGUGAACGACCGGCAACCAAACGCCGGAUCCAAAGAUCUUGAAACCACGAUUCGGAAUCAUCGGACACUUUUAACCAGUCUUUCACUGAACGAGCAAAGCUGCACUGAAGUGUCAUCGCCAACUGUGUGAAGACGGAGCCGGAGGGAAGCCCUGCUGAUGGGGCGGUGUCAUCUUUGAUGCGCCAUCGACACUCGUAGAACGGCCAUCGACCAAAGAAUGUAGAGUGUUUCUAGGUCAGUCAAACACCAGUUUCAAUAUAAGCAACAAUUCUUUAUAUAUGGAA